AUGGAGGCGGAGGAAACGAAGACAUCACCUCGGGGUGUCUGCAGCAGCAGCAGCAGCAGCAGCAGCAGCAACAGCAGCAGCAGCAGCAGCAGCAGUAGUAGUAGUAGAGGCAGGGGAGGGAGAAGGAGAGGGAGGGAGAGAGAGAAGGGAGAAGGAGAGAGAGGGGAAGAGCAGCAGCAGCAGAAGCAGCAGCAGCAGCAGCGGCAGCAACAACAACAACAGCAGCAGCAACAGCAGAAAGGAUAA